UCCAUACGUGACAUUCUUAAGGAACUGGCUGCGGAUAUAAACAGUAGGUAGAGGUGUUGUGGUCGCAGUUCAAGCUGGCGACCACAGAAGAAAAACCUUGACCGAAAUGGUAAAAGCGAGCCUCUUCGUCGCCGCGGUAGCCUCCUCUAUUAUAAUAUCCAUUAUAAUACCAACCUGCUGCGGCCUCGAGGCACAAUUAAAAAAAUAUGUAUUUAACAACAAUGGACUUGGAACAUACAGCUUCGAGUAUGAAACGCAAGACGGCACAUACAGAAGGGAAGAUGGCGGCUUCGUGAACGGACCAGAUGGAUCUCUCGUGGUCCGGGGUGAAUACGGCUAUAUAGACCCGAGCGGCCGCCCCUUCGCCUUGCGGUACAUUGCCGACGCCAACGGUUUCCAACCCGUGUUAGACGACGACACGAGAUUCAACGAUAGAAGGAUCUUAUGAAAUAAUCUUUGUUUAUUGUAGAUAACGAAUAUUGUUGAAAAAUUAUAAUUUUAUUAAACAAACUGAUCAGUAAUCAAAAGGUUUCAUAUUAAAAUUUAUAUAAGUGUAAUAAAUACUUCAAUAGGAACAUGGAUAAAGUCUAUACCAUGAUACAAAUAAGUGCUUUAUUUAUAAAGAACUCAUCCACGUGAGGAACGUGUUAAAACAAACGUUAUUUUUUAACACCACGCUACUAAUAACAUAGAUAAAUAAGUUAAGCAUAGAGUGCUUAGUCCAUUGAUAAAAACUUACUUGUAAUAAAAUGUUAUCUAAAUAAGUAUAAAGUAUUAAACGAGUUUGAAAUUUAUUAAUAAUACGUUUUACCAUACAAUCUAUUAUUUAUUGAGUAGGUAAGGAAACUGAUGCAUGAAGUGAGCCUUUUAAGUUUACUUAUUUUUAGAUUUCUGUACCCCAAAUGAAAAAAAUGGAACCCUUAUAGGAUCACUUUGUUAUCCGUCUAUCCGUCCACCCAUCUAUCUGUCUGCCAAGACCCUUUAUCUCGGGAACGUUUGGAGGUAUCGAGUUGAAAUUAAAACCAUAUACUCAAGUCUACAGCCCCUUGAAGCUGUAAAAAAAAAAACAAAUUCCUAAGUUAACGUAAAAAAAUAUAUAGCCGUUUAUGCCACAAGUAACGUAUAUUUCUACACCUUCAAGGAAAUCUAUUUUUUAUGCUAAUAAGAGACAGACCCCGUCAUUAUCACGAUGUCCAUAAAAUUUAAAGUCCAUAAAAUUCACAGGAAGAGUCGCUAAUGAUUACGCUAUUUACAUACGUGCUUUCUUGUUAUGUUUACUAAAAUUGCUUUAACUAUUAAUACAACUCUGAAUGACUGCAUCAGUGUCAACACAACGGUCAGUUUAGGACGAUAACUACAGACCGUCAGUUUAAAAGUUACAUAAUGACAAUAUUACGACACUUUUGAUAUAUAAACGAAAUGAUUCACCCAAAUACUUGAGC